AGAAUUAUAAGAAAUGAUAGGUCCGGCUGUGAAAAUUUCUCUUUCGUCCUUCUUCCGCUCGUUUAAACCCUAGCUCAUACAUUCUCUCUUUGAGCGAAAGGAAUUGCUAGUUGCUACGGCCUUUGAAGAAGGGGUGCCGCAAGGCGACGACAUAAGAUGCCAAAGCAAAUCCACGAGAUUAAGGAUUUCCUUCUUACAGCAAGAAGGAAAGAUGCACGAUCUGUUAAGAUUAAGCGCAGCAAGGAUGUAGUGAAAUUCAAGGUGCGAUGUUCCAAGUAUCUGUACACCCUCUGUGUCUUUGACUCAGAGAAAGCUGAUAAGUUGAAGCAGUCUCUUCCACCAGGUUUGAGUGUCCAAGAUCUGUGAUGGGCCAUCAUUCACAUUGCCUUGGGUAAUUUUGAAGUCAGGACUCCGUUUCUUCCGUUUCCAACGAUGUUUUCACCUUUUUGUUUUGUGGAGAUUGUAUCCCUUUAGGAAUGUUUGGUGAUCACUGCUCUUAGUCUACGUUGAUAUUUGUCUGUCUUGACGUUUCAUCCAAGUGAGAAAGGAAAUGUUUUUUCA